GGCACGACCUCUGACCCGCUACCUGCCAAUCCGGAAGGAGGACUUCGACCUGAAGACCCACAUUGAGUCGUCGGGCCACGGCGUCGAUACCUGCCUGCACGUGGUACUCAGCAGCAAGGUCUGCCGCGGCUACUUGGUCAAGAUGGGCGGCAAGAUUAAAUCAUGGAAGAAGCGCUGGUUUGUCUUCGACCGGCUCAAGCGCACCCUUUCCUAUUACGUGGACAAGCAUGAGACGAAGCUGAAGGGGGUCAUCUACUUCCAGGCCAUCGAAGAAGUGUACUAUGACCACCUGCGCAGUGCGGCCAAGAGCCCGAACCCAGCCCUCACCUUCUGUGUGAAGACCCAUGACCGGCUGUACUACAUGGUGGCGCCGUCCGCAGAGGCCAUGCGCAUCUGGAUGGACGUCAUCGUCACCGGAGCUGAGGGCUACACUCAGUUCAUGAACUGACCACACCACUCCUGGCGUGGGCCUCCUGGACCCUCAGGCCAGCCCGCCUGCUGCACGGCUCGGCCCCUGGAGAAGAGCCGCAGCCUGGGCCCCAGGCCGCGCAGGAGUGCUCCCAGAGCCCUUGUACAGGCCUUGGUACUGUUCUAAGGAGCGGGUCCUGUGACUGUCUGAGCUCAGGCCCCCUAAAGAACCAGCCAGCAGAUAAAAAGUGGGGAGGCUCCCGGGAACUCAGAAUUUGCAAUAACCCUUCAGGGUCCUGCCCCAGGCUGCGGAACUGGCAGAGGGGGCCUCAAGCUCUGACCUGGCACCUGCGCUCCCCAGCCGGUGUUUGCCUUCGCAAAGGACAAAUGAUGGUACCAGAAUCUGCCAAAGAUCCCCUCUUGCCUCAGCCCCCCCCGUUGCAGGGCCCUUGGGGGCUGAGGAGAGCCACCUCCGGAGUGGGGGAACAGCUCAGGCGGUGUACUUCUCAAACCCCGCUCUCCCGCAUUUUUGUUAUUACUUUGUUCAAGGGCCAGAGACCUCACGUGUCAGCCUUGAGGUCCCAACCCCAUACCCAUGGCCGUGGCUCUGGCUUCGCCCAUGCUUCAACCGUGGGCCCAUCUGAGGGUACGUACCGACAUCUCUCCAGCUGGGGGGGAAGGGACCAAACCCCCCCUCCAGCCCCCAGUCCAGCCCUCUCCCUUCCACUCGUGCCUUGCUUAGAGCCAGAAGGGACGAAGCUCAGACAUCCAGAGACUGGAGGAGGAGGGAAGUGGCAGGGAGAGGUGGCUAGACGGGUUCUGUACAGGCUGAGUGUCUAACGGGUGGAGGGCUGCUCAGACGCCCCCCGGGGGGAACCUGAGCAGGAGAGGAGGCAGCAGAGCGAGAGGACCCUGAGGUCUGGCUGCCCUCCCUUCAGCCUCGGAACGGUGACAGAAAUGGGGAGCAGAGGACCAGGCCACCAGCUGUCUGGCCUCGGCCCUUCAUGCCUUAACACUAAGCCCACCUCCCUGCCCACCACUGGGCCAUGGCUACUGGGUCAGUAUUUGUAAGCAUCUCAACAGAACAAUAAAGCAUUUGGAG